AUGAUGUUGAAACACUUCUUGGUGCCGUCGGUGACAGACAAAUCCGCUGUUGGCGACGUAACCGGCGGCCUGGGUCUCGGAGGCAAGUCGGACGAGACGCCCGGAACUCCCAACCAGACCGAGGAAGCCAAGGACCAGGUGGCCGAGGUCAAGACCGAGAACCAGAAGGGCACUAGUAUCAGCCUCGAGGGCCGCGAUGGGCCCAUAGGCAAUAAGGAGGCAGCCUAG